AUGCCUAGAAACGCCCGCAAAAAGGAAAAUGUUAAACAAGAGAGAAAAGGGAAAGUUAACAUAGAAUCAAAGGGAACAGUUACAGUAAUCAACCGAGGACAAGAGAAAGUUAAACGUAAACCGCCAGUAAAACCACCGGUCAAGUCGCCCGUGAAGCAGCAAACGAAGCCAGUAAAAAACCCAGGUGGUCGGGGACUUGGGAAAGCAGGGGCUAGACGUUUGGGUCAGCUAUUGAAGCGUGCAAUCCAAGAGAAGAAGAAUGUUACAGGUUACGAAAAAGUGCCUUUGCCAACGACCCCAGUUCGCCUGUUCAAGUACCAGGCAGAGGCUGCAUCUGCACCCAAAACCAACGAUGCAAGGCGUGUGGCUACCCGGGUCUCCCAGCUCAUCCUUCGGGUAGUCUCCCAGUGCAAGCACCGGGGUGGCAUCUCCAUGGUGGACCUCAAGCAUGCCCUGGCUGCUGGUGGCUAUGAUGUCACCAAGAACAAUACCCGUGUGAACUUAGCUGUGAAAGGCCUGGUGAGGAAGGAGACACUGGUGCAGACUACUGGAGUUGGUGCAUCUGGGUCAUUUAAACUCAACAAGAAACUGACGUAUGAGAAGAGAGUUAAGACAAGAGCCAUGAGAGACCGUGCAGCAGCUGAGAGGGCCAAGCAGAGAGACCGUGCAGCAGCUGAGAGGGCCAAGCAGAAAAAAGGAAUUUUGAAGCCAGCAGCAGAGAAAGGAAAGGCCUUGAAACCAACAGGAAAAGGCCAGAAACCAGGAGCAAAAACUACUAAACCAGCAGGAAAAGCUCUGAAACCAGGAACAAAAACAACUAAACCAGCAAGAAAAACAGCUCAACCAGCAGACAAGAACAAAACAGUUGUAGGAAAAGGUCAAAGGGAAAUAGGAGAUAGACCAAAACAAAUAGGCAAAAGCCACAAACCAGCAGGACAAGCAUCAAAAUCACCAGCCAAGGUCCAAAAAACAGGCUACAAAUUCCCGAAACCUGCAGGGAAGUCCUUGAAAGCAGCCAAUCAGAAAACUCGUAAAAUGGUUGUAACCCGCAAUACAAAGCCACGGAUAUAGUAACCUAUAUU